UUGUCGGCGACUGAAACCAACUGCGCCUGGACACGACACUCGCGCAUCGAAUUUCAGCUGCAAAUGACCAUGUAAGACGACUCAAUUGGCUCUUUGCCCAAGCGACAAGCUAUUGAACCUAUAACCAUCAAUUAGCCCAAUGCUGUCAAUUUCGAUGCUCUUUUUCAACCCCCUCAAGUUCUUCGUCUUCCCCUUCGUCUUCCUCGUCGCAUUGCCCCUUGCGCUCUGUGCUGGCGUUACUACCAUUGUUGCUUUCCUUGUCCUCUUCUUAAGACUGUUUCUCGUCUAUUUCGACGUCGGUCUAGAGACAUUACGAUACAUUUUAAUCGGCCAUGCCACACACACCCGCUACAUCACUUCGCAAAGAACUCCUGUUCUAACACCCGGAGCUUCGACAACAACUUCAACACUCGUCCCUCCUCAGGCAGUCGUUAAUACUAGACAUCGCCAACGUGUGAAUCGCCGUGGAAGCAGCGGAUUGCUUGCCUCAGCACCGUCAGGCACUGAAGGAUUUUCCGCAAUUGCCCCAAGUAUUGGGCUAGAGAGGGAUUUCGAAGGCGUUGGUGGAUGGCGACUGGACAGCAACGACACGGACAAUCCCGAGGAACAACAAUGGUAUAUCCUCAACUCGCGCCUAGAGAGUCCCUAUCGGCGUCACCAUUAUAGAUCCCAAAGUGGAGGCGCCGUAUUGUCUGGUCACAACGGUCCAGGCAUCAUGUCGAGACCGGAAUCUAUGACCAGAUCUCACAGCCCAGAGCACUCAAGGCGAUCUUCGACGCCGAGCCGAUCGAGCUCGAGAACACCAACGAUCAAAAUAUGUCCAGAGUUUACCAAAGCUGAUCAAGAGGACUACUUUUCCUAACACAACGCAAAGAAUGUGGAGAGGAUAAAGAGCUAGUCGGUGUAGUUUCACAUUCAAGAUAGAAUGAAUAUGUGGCUUUCGCGAAAU